CUGCUCUCAUUCCAUCAGGUCCUCACAACACACACACCACACUCCGAACACCUCAUCUCUUCCACCAGAGCGAGAGGAUCAGAGAGAGGGAGAGUAGUGACGGGAGAACAGCAGCAUCACUGACAAGCAUCUCCCUCACUGUGGGAGAGAGGGAGAAAGAGAGAGAGAGGUGGGGAGAGGAGAAGUGGAAAAAGUGAGGAGAAAAGAAAAGAGGAGAGAGCAAACCAGUGAGAGAAAUAAGUUUUCAGUUGGAAGGAGGACAAGCGAGGGAGAGUUUGGAGCGUGAGAGCUUGGUGGGUGGCAGUGGGGGGAUUGGGUGCUUUAUUUUCCCUUUUCUUUUUUUGGUUGUGAGCGCCACUUGCCACCUCUUCUCCUUCUCCCCCGCCCCCCUCCCCCCUCCCAUUCCUCCUCUUCUCAUCCCGACUCUCCUCUCCCAGCUCCCGCCGUGGGGUCUCAGCUCUCCAUCUCCCUCCCCCCCUCCCUUGCUCCCUACCUCCCCCGGGUGCUGCUGGGAGCCUCCGGGCUGCUGCGCCGCAGGAGGAUGUCUCGUAGGGAGUCUCCGCCGCCGCCCUCUCCACCUCUAGCUCCGCAGCUGCUGGGAGUGCAGAGAGGAGAGGAGGAUCGUCCGGAGCGUGCCGAGCCGCUGUCCGACACCGAGAGGGAGAUCAUCCAGGACACGUGGGGGCACGUUUACAAGAACUGCGAGGACGUGGGGGUGUCUGUGCUCAUAAGGUUCUUUGUCAACUUCCCAUCAGCCAAACAGUACUUCAGCCAGUUCCAGGACAUGGAGGAUCCAGAGGAGAUGGAGCGAAGCAGCCAACUUCGGCACCAUGCCCGCAGGGUCAUGAAUGCCAUCAAUACUGUGGUGGAGAACCUCCAUGACCCGGAGAAGGUGUCGUCAGUGCUGGCCCUGGUGGGAAAGGCCCAUGCUAUCAAACACAAGGUGGAACCCAUGUACUUCAAGAUUCUGAGCAGCGUGAUGCUGGAGGUGUUGGCUGAAGAUUUCCCAGAAUUCUUCACAGCAGAGGUGCAGAUGGUGUGGACCAAACUGAUGGGGGCGGUGUACUGGCAUGUGACAGGGGCCUACACAGAGGUGGGUUGGCUCCAGGUCUCCAGCUCAGCAGUGUGAAGAAUUUGGAAGAAGAGGUGGUAAAAGAGUUUCAAUUGCAAAAGUUCUGUGAGGAUGGUUUCACAGACAUGGAUAAGAUUAAUGUGGUAAUCCGUGCAACUUUAUUUUUGUGACAUUUUGGGUGCUAAGCCUUCAUUGCUGUAGUGUUUCUACAUGGCACUUCCCAGAGAUCACUUUUGCACCAACAAUGUAGCCAGACCACUUUUUUUUUUUUCUAAUAAAGUUUUAGUCAGUGGUACUCUGGUCUGUGUUUUUUAGCCACGGAAGCUAUCACUGCUCACUAUACAGUUCUUCUACUGUUUAUUCCAAACUACUGUUGCUGCCAAAAGCAUACAACACAUCAUUGAUUGACAAUUUACCCUUUGCUAAGCCCUGCCCCCCUUAGUUACUGUUGCUAGGCCUGUCAAGCUUUCCAAUGCAGUUUACGAUGAUAAUGAAGUCAGAUUUACCACUCAGAAUUCUUGGUAAUUUUUGAAGCAGUGGUUCCUUGAUUUCAGACAGAGGUAGGCUUCUCAUUUUCAGCUGAACACUGUCGAUCUAGCCACCAGUAAUAACAACUGUUGCUAGCAGAUUAGAUCAACUAUCACUAGCUAACUAAUUAAUGUUAGCUACUGUUAGUUUUUUUGCUGUUUCCAACCAACUCAUUUUAACAAAAACCCUCUAAAAGGGUUUAAAUAUGUACUUGAAGGCUUCUUAACAGCUACAUCAUAUUAUGCUAAAAGGCUAAAGCUACAGGUCCUACACAGCAUCUUCACCUUGAAACAUUUAGAACACAUGGAAACAAAGAAGUAGUAUUGUUUUUGUAUUGUGGCAUAGCUAUAUACAGUAGUUCUAGUAUUAUGGUACAUUAUGAUAAAGAAAAAUACUGUAAUACUGUGUUAUAGUACUAAGUUUUAGCUGGAAGCUAGGCAUGCUAACAGUUGCAGUGUAGGUUAGAGCAGACAAACACUAUUUAUAUACUGCACUCUUCAACUUUUGGUGUUUUUGAUUAAAAAAAAAAAAACAGCACCCUCCAAACUCUUGAAUACCAUAUGUUGCUCUCAAUACAGCUUCAUGCACAUUGCUUUAGCAUGUGAAAAAAUCCAAAGCUCGACAGGCCUGCUGUGUAUAGUUACAGAUAAGCUAACGUUAUGUUGGGCAGUGGCUGUUCAGGAUAGGGUGUUUUAGUGAACGGUCAGCUGGGGAUGGCAGAAACAGACAUUUAUUUAGGCUAUAUGAAAAUGUUGCGGAUUAUUACUUUACAGAGUUCAUUUCUGUGGAAACCUGCAGUGAAAGAAGCAUCUUCCGCCUAAGCCACACAUAUGAAUAGGUCUAGAUCUUAUGAUAUUUGAAAAAGAGAUUAAGAAAUGUUUAGACAAGAAGUGAUAUUUAAGCUCUAAGAGGGGGGCAGUUAGUUGUUGAAGCCCUGGCUAUUGGACCAUGGAGCUGCUGACUGUUAAUAGAUUAUCUUUGUGUCCUACUAAAGUAUAUAUCCUCAUGUUUAGGGGACCUGUGCCCCUUUCUCUCUCUAUUGAUUCAUUGCGUGCUCUUAAUGUCUUGUUUAACUUUACCGAGGUGUUGUUUGUAUAAGUGUACAGUGGGCAAGUGUGCAUACUCUUCUGCCUUUGUUUACAACUCAUUGACAGGUUGGUCUGUUGACGUGUUAAAGAGGGCUGUUAGCAACAGUGCUUUAAUUUUUUUCACUUUCAUUACACACAAACAUUGUGAAAGUGAGAUGGAAAAUAUCAGCAGGUGGACACAAUCAGCAACCAGACAUGUACACACUCACACACAGGCAUGCUAAUAUUUACAAGACUGUCAGUUAGUUUACCUCUUCAUCAGAGAGACAUGAGGCAUUAAAGGCUCCAUUAAGGGCUUUAGAAAAUCACUCCGGAUAUCUAUGGAAAACAUGUCAGCUUUAGAAGCGCCACCCUUAGAUCUCUGACCCAUCUAACACAAGAAAUUGUAUCCAAAGGCAUCCAAAUACAUGAAAUGCAUCAUAUGAAUUGUACUGCUUUUGCUAUAACACAAUGGAUGCUUUCUAUAUAUUUGACCAGGGGAAUGGUGGAAGCCUCACAGUUUCUCUCUAAACUCAUAUACAGACAUAUUCAGUUAUCCGCCCCUCCUUAAACAUGUUGCAUACUGUCAAACUAACUUUCUUUACCUUAGAUUGUCACCGGCGCUUCAGUAAUCAGAGUCUUUGGACUGCAUGCACUCCUGCUUACUGUCCCCAUCUGCAAGUCUCUCUCUGGUCAAUUCCCAAACAUACACUGCAAAUCUGUUUAGGAUGGACAUUUGAUCCAAUCUUCAGUUUGCAUCUGCUCCAGUGACGUCCUGUAUCUCCUAGCUGCCCCCUUGUCAUUGGCAUCUGGCAUUAAUGAGGAAGUAAUGAGUCUCCUCUCCUCCUCAUUUGGUCAUUCAUCUGCUGUUACUUCCCAUUGCCUCCGUUAGGACCGCGUCACUGAGAACAAAAACAAUUAUGACUGGACAGAUAGUCUUAAACCCUUCACACCAUGUCAGCCAUUCACAAGAAUGUUUCAUAAAAAGGCCUUUUACUCACUUCAAACAUUUACACAAUUUAAAAAAUGACUUCCUGAAGCUAUUAAUUACACAUCAUGCCUUGCCUUCGACCAGUAGUUUCGUAACUGUUGCUAUCAUACUCCCCUUUGGAAGCUGGUAAACAAUCACGGCUCCCUGUGUAAAUUGAUUGAAUUUCAUAAACCAGGAUGAAUAUUAGGUUAAC